GUCGGGAGCAGAUCGUUGUUUUAGUUGGACGGCCAACUCCCAGAGUGCUCGCCAGCAAACCCGUCCUGGAAGACCCCAAGAACGACUCAGUCCUGAGAUAGACGCAGACUGUUAGACAUGACUUCCGUCGACGAUAUUCUCAACUUUAAAAAAGACGAGGAGACCCUCUACGCCAUCCUGGGAUGCGACGAGUCUUCGUCCGUCGAGCAAAUCAAUGCUGAGUUCAAAGCGAGAGCUCUGCAAUACCACCCAGAUAAGAAUGAAGGGGACAAAGAAGCAGAGGCCAAAUUUCAAAAGUUGAAGGAAGCCAAAGAAAUUCUUACUGACCCAGAAAAGAGAAAAAACUACGAUAAGUGGCUGAAUAGUGGUAUAGCCAUAAGUUAUAAGCAGUGGUUAGGAAUGAAGGAGCAUGUACAUCAGUCGAUGCAUUGGAUGACAUUUAAGACCAAAGACCGCAUGUUGGAAGGCGAAGGGGCCGGCUCAGGAAAAGCACCCCCAGCAAACAGGAGGGCAUCUGAAGGAGGCGCGAAUAUCCACUGGGGUGCACGCUCCAAUGUCCAGUGGGACUCUCAGGCCUCCAGCGAUGUAGUCAACAAGUUCCGCAAUUAUGAGAUUUAAAUUGACUUCAAUUUUCCAAGACCUGCAAAAAAAAAAAAA